AUGUCAAUGAUUUCUAGGAAGACAUUUGGGAUGAUUGACAGGAGGCUAAGACAAGCCUUACCUCACAAGUCACAGGAACUGCUUGGUGGGUGCUCUGUCUUACUCUUUGGAGAUUUUGGCCAACUACCGCCAGUGUUUGGACUUCCACUCUACACCACACAGUCAAGUUCAGAUCUUGCAGACCAGGGCUGCAGAGCUUAUAAUCAAUUCACUAUAGCUUUCACCCUGAUUCAAGUCAUGAGACAGUCUAGCAGGAUCCUGAACAAACAAUUCCCAACGGUUGAAGAUUUUGCUGACUACAAUACUAAUAGAUUAUUGGAAUGUGGCUAUCCUAUUGCUGAGAUUAAGGCAGUACACACUGGAGCCAAUGCAAGUGUCCUGAUGAUGUUGAUGGUUUGGAUCCACUUGUGA